UUUUUUUCCUCUUUGUUUUAACAGUGACAAACAAGAAACCCACACAGGCAUCCAUCACAAAGGUCAAACAGUUUGAGGGCUCCACAUCCUUCGUCCGAAGAUCCCAGUGGAUGCUCGAGCAGCUGCGCCAGGUUAAUGGCAUCGAUCCUAACCGGGAUUCUGCAGAGUUUGACCUGUUGUUUGAAAAUGCCUUUGACCAGUGGGUUGCUAGCACGGCCUCAGAAAAGUGCACCUUCUUCCAGAUCCUCCACCAUACCUGCCAGAGGUACCUCACAGACAGGAAGCCAGAGUUUAUUAACUGCCAAUCCAAAAUUAUGGGAGGAAACAGCAUCCUCCAUUCAGCGGCUGACAGUGUGACCAGUGCAGUACAGAAGGCAAGCCAGGCCUUGAAUGAGCGUGGGGAGCGGUUAGGCCGGGCCGAGGAGAAGACAGAGGACAUGAAGAACAGUGCCCAGCAGUUUGCAGAAACCGCACACAAGCUUGCCAUGAAGCACAAGUGUUGAGAAGCUGCCUCUCCUGGUGAACCUCUAGAGAAAAUGGAAGAGUUUGCUCAGCCGUGAUUACAAGAAUUCCAGACUGCUGCUUCUUUCUUUUUGUUGUUGUUGUUUUGUCUGUUUAUUUGUUUUUUCCAGUAUCUGGACAUUGAGUGGUUUGGCUUUUCAUCUUCAGAUGUUAAUAUGAAUGAAAAUGUGUUGUGUUCAUACAUUUCGCUAUCUUGCUAAGAAACGCUGCAAUAGCAUCAACUUCA